AUGGCAUGCACCUUGGAAGUCGUAGACAUUGCCUGCUGGAACCAAGCGCCCUACCUACAUGUAGAAAAAGAGCAUAGCCAGGAUCCUGCAUCGCUGCAUAUGCAAGAUGACGUGGCGCAGCUUGUCACGCCCUACGACGCAGAGGGCGCUGCAAAAGUGCAGCGCUUCUUGCGGCCAGUCGACCGUGCGCGUGCAUUUGUCGCGCGACUGUUACCCCGCGUAUGGUACGCAAGCCAAGGGACUACAUGGGGCAUGAUCAAGAUUUGCACCACGAAAGCAGGCCGACCGUUUGCCGCCGCACCGCCCAGCAUCGUCGACACCGACUUUAACAUGUCGCACGAUGGCGACUUUGUCGUGCUGGCAACCUAUAAAGGAAGCGACGCAUGCAUCGGUGUGGACGUGAUGGAAAUGAAGUUGCCCGUGUUCGAGCCUAGCGUUGCGUCGUUUGUCGAGACAAUGCGCAUGUGCAUGACCGACCGCGAGUACGCUUGGGUGCAAGAAGCGGCCGACAACGACGCACUACAGCGAUUGAUGCGGCUAUGGACGUACAAAGAGGCGUAUACCAAAAGCCUUGGACUGGGGCUUGGCUGCGAUUUCAAGCGUGUAGAGAUACCGUUCUGGGCGCAAGACUGGGUCGUGCUGCGCGAUGACGAGCCGCAGCGAAACGUUGUAUUUGCAGAGUAUAUCUUGUCGCGCGAGCACGGCAUGCCGUCGCUUGCUGUGAUUGCGCUCACAUCAGCGCAUGAAAAUGCUUUGAGCAGCGACCUUGUGCGCAAUUUGCCCCUGACUGUGCACAAUUAUACCCAAUUGCUUCGUAUCGCACGUAGCCUCACCGACGAGCUGUACCAGGCGAGUAACACACGCACCUACGCCGACGCGCGCAAGGUGUGGAAACAGCCACGCCCCGUCCGGCCCAAUGACCAGUUCCGGCAGUUUUUGGAGGACAAGGGGUUCAUUGCCGCUGUCGUCGAGCCGCCGCAGAAUGUUGCAGGGCAAACGUCUCGACGUACGCGACUCCCACCUUCGAAAGCAAUGGCCAUGGCCAAGGCCAGCAAAGCGCUGCGCAUGCAAGCGAAGCAGGAUGCUAGUACAAGUGACGCAGUAGAGGCCAAACAACCUUCAUCGCUGCCCCUCUCCGCAGCGCGUCCUCUUGACAAUGGGCUGCCCGAAGUGGUUGCAGUGACCACGGCGCAGUCGUACAAUUUUGACGUGCUGCUCAGCAGUGGCCGCCUCCCUGCGACGUGGCGCUGGCUUGAGGAUCGCGAGGUGAUUUAUAUCCCUUCGUGGCCAAGCGCAACCGAAGGAGAAGAGGGCCAAGGAAGUGCGUUCAUCUUUCGCUCUGGAUGCUACGUGACUUGGGGCAUGUCCUCCGAGGACAAAGCCGCGCUGUAUAAAAACGUGCUGUGCGGUGCAAGCGCGCCGGUCGAACAGGAUCGCUACGCCGUCGCAGGCGACGAAGCGAUGGACUAUGUGUAUCUGCCCGAGGAGCGCACACGCAUUGUCGGCGACUUGAUUGUAGUCGGAAAGCCACCGCAAGAUACGGGGCGCAAACAAAGCGCGACGCCGUUCCUUUUGCAGGCGCAGCUCGCCUUUUCGCAAGGCGUCGCGGCGUCUGCGCGCCUUUCUGUACAGGAGCUGGCGCUCAGCGAGUAUCUCGCUUCGGUAUCUCCUAUUCCAGGCGAGCUUCAAUUGCGCGGGCGCGUGCCGCUGGGGCGGCGCGAGGUGAUCCGCAAGAUGGGCACGCUGCUCAGCCUGCGCCAGCGCAUCAAUCUGGACACGGACAACUUUGUGGAUGAUCCCGAGCUGUAUUGGGAAAAUGGAAUGAUGGAGUCUUUGUACCGCAGCACAUGCCAUGCACUGGACAUGAAGCCGCGGUUUGACGCUUUGAACGAGAAGCUGAAUCACUGCGAGCAUUUGCUAGGCGUGCUGCGUGCGCUGCUCACCGAGGAAUCGAGUCAUCGUAUGGAACUGAUCAUUAUCUAUCUCAUCGCAUUCGAAGUAGGCAUGGCGCUCGUGAGCCAUGAGUAUGUGCCAACGCCGUUGGCCUUGUGGCGCGCCGUUCUUGGCGACGCAAAUACAUAG